AUGGAGAAAUGUGUUUACUACUACCGCAGACAAACAUGUUCAUUAAUAACGUGUAAAGUUAGAAGUCAACACACUCCAUGGCUGACUAGUAAAAUUAAGAAACUGAUGAGUCAUCGAGACUAUUUAAAGCAUAAAGAAAUCCGCACUAAAUCUCGGUAUUUCUAUGAAGCCUAUAAAAUUGCUCGAAACAAAACCAACAAAAUAGUAGAGAAAGCUAAAUCAAGGCAUUUCCAACAUACCAUAAACAACAAUAGCAACAACCUAAAGCAACUAUGGAAAAGUGUCAACCUCAUUCGAGGUAAAGGAUCAAAAACAACUAAUGUAUCCACUCUAAAAAUAGACGAAGAAACUAUAACAGGUUACAAGAACAUUGCUGAAGCUUUUAACUCUUUUUUCGUCAGUGUGGGUCCGUCGCUUUCGGAAAGUUUACCAGAGUCUCAAAAAGGCUAUUCUGAUUAUGUUCAACAUCACAUACACAAUACCUUUUCCUUUAGUGAGGUUAGUGAAAAUGACACUCUAAAGUUGCUAUGUGGUUUGAAAGAAUCAAAGGCGGCUGGUCCAGAUAAAAUAAAUGCUAAACUAAUUAAGGAUUCUGCUGAAGUAAUCUGUCCUACAUUGACAAAAAAUUUCAACAGAUCCUUGCAACAAGGUAUCUUCCCAGAGGAACUUAAAACCGCUUUUGUCUCCGUCAUCUACAAAAACGGUGACAAAUCUGACUGUAGCAAUUAUAGGCCUAUUUCGAUUUUGUCGACUAUUGCGAAAAUUUUAGAAAAAACUGUCUACAAUCAGUUAAUGUCGUAUAUAAAUGAGAACAACAUUCUGUCUGGUAACCAAUUUGGAUUUCGAAAAUCUCAUUCAACUGUAACGUCGUUGUUAAAUCUACGGUAA